CAUUCGGCGCAAUUGCGUCAAUGCAAACCGGCCCCGUCGAUCGCACGGACAGGGCAAGCAGGGGACGGUGGGACCGCGCGUUCUAUUGGUGCUGCCACGCUAGAACUCCAUCCGUGUGUGUACUCCGCCCUUGACUUCCCGUCUGGGACGAUCGUCGCCGACGAAGCCCGCCCGCGCGAGCUUCCUCUGCCCAUGGGCUCCCCCAGACGCAUUCUGUCACGCCUACGGUUUGGGCAAGGCUCUAUUGUCCUGGGCGAAUGCGACUCCGACACAGGUCCCGCCGCGUUCUCGAACGCGCCCUGCGUUCCAUGCGCUCCCGCGAACGUUGCAGUCUCUAUCGUCCGCCCGACGCAGCCUGGUGCUCGCCCGGGAUUGGUGCGCUGCCUCCGAGUCGUCCUAUGCUAUCACGUUAUGGCCACACACGGAGCGUAGCGAGACCGUGACCGAAUGCAUCCGCGUUUAUAUGACAGUUUCUGUCAAUUGCGCUCCUCACGUAUGACGUCCAAA